ACAAGAUGCCUUGACACUUGUGGCGAGUUUAGAGGAAGAAACAUCGUCACAGUAUAGAGUUUGUUUUUGUGCUUUUCGUUUUUGAGUCUUCAAGGAAACCUUCAAAGUAAUGAAUAAACGAAAGUGGGAGGGGAGGAGAGAGGGCUUCAAGGUCAACUCUACGAGGGAGGAGGCGCAGGGGCCAGGACGCCCCUCCACCAGAGGGCGCUUCUCUGAGUCUUGGAAGAGACUAAGCUCUAGACAGGGGUCUACUAAGAGGUCAGGACUGGCCGCACAGCAUGCAGCGGCACAGAAAUCAUGGAUAGAAAGAGCUUUCAGCAAGAGAGAAUGCGUGCACAUUAUUGUAAGCACCAAAGACCCCCAUAGAUGCUGUUGUGGCCGUCUAAUUGGUCAGCAUAUUGGCCUGCCCCCCAGCAUCUCAUCCAAUCAGAAUGAGAAAUCGGAGCGUGACAGCCUGUCAGAGAAAUGGUCCAUCAGCAAGCACACACAGCUCAGUCCCACUGAUGCCUUCGGAACCAUCGAGUUCCAGGGAGGUGGACACUCCAACAAAGCAAUGUAUGUAAGAGUGUCUUACGACACAAAGCCAGACUUACUGCUGCAUCUGAUGACAAAGGAGUGGCAGCUGGAGCUUCCCAAGCUGCUCAUCUCUGUUCAUGGAGGACUCCAGAACUUUGAGCUACAGCCCAAGCUCAAGCAAGUCUUUGGCAAGGGUCUCAUCAAGGCUGCCAUGACAACUGGGGCCUGGAUCUUCACUGGAGGCGUUAACACUGGAGUCAUCAGGCAUGUUGGUGAUGCUCUAAAAGAUCAUGCAUCUAAAUCAAGAGGGAAGAUCUGCACGAUUGGUAUUGCCCCCUGGGGAAUUGUGGAGAAUCAGGAAGACCUGGUGGGCAAAGAUGUGGUCCGGCCAUACCAAACAAUGUCUAACCCUCUGAGUAAGUUAACGGUACUCAACAGCCUACAUUCCCACUUCAUCCUGGCUGAUAACGGCACCACAGGAAAGUAUGGGGCUGAGGUGAAACUACGCAGACAGCUGGAGAAACACAUCUCCCUGCAAAAGAUCAACACACGGAUUGGGCAGGGUGUUCCAGUGGUAGCUCUUAUAGUGGAAGGGGGUCCUAAUGUAAUCUCUAUCGUACUGGAGUACCUGAGAGACACUCCUCCUGUUCCCGUGGUGGUGUGUGAUGGGAGCGGUCGUGCCUCUGACAUCCUGGCCUUCGGGCAUAAGUACUCAGAGGAUGGCGGAAUCAUAAACGAAUCUUUGAGAGACCAGUUAUUAGUCACCAUCCAGAAGACGUUUACGUACAGCCGGACCCAGGCCCAGCAUCUCUUCAUCAUUCUGAUGGAGUGCAUGAAGAAGAAAGAGCUGAUAACAGUGUUCCGGAUGGGAUCAGAGGGACACCAGGAUAUUGAUUUGGCCAUUCUAACAGCUCUCCUGAAAGGUGCCAAUGCAUCAGCUCCAGAUCAACUGAGCCUGGCCUUGGCCUGGAACAGAGUGGACAUCGCCCGGAGCCAGAUCUUCAUUUAUGGACAACAGUGGCCUGUGGGUUCUCUAGAGCAGUCUAUGCUGGAUGCACUGGUGCUGGACAGAGUGGACUUUGUGAAGUUGCUGAUUGAGAAUGGAGUGAGCAUGCACCGUUUCCUGACACUGUCCAGACUCGAAGAGCUCUAUAAUACGAGGCAUGGGCCAUCCAACACCUUGUACCACCUCGUCAGAGAUGUGAAGAAGGGUAACCUGCCCCCUGACUACCGCAUCAGCCUGAUCGACAUUGGAUUGGUCAUUGAAUACCUCAUGGGUGGAGCCUACCGCUGCAAUUAUACCAGGAAGAGAUUUCGGACCCUCUAUCACAACCUUUUUGGACCCAAGAGACCAAAAGCCCUAAAGCUGCUUGGAAUGGAGGAUGACAUGCCCGUUAGAAGAGGGCGUCAGAAGACCACACGGAAGCGUGAGGAGGAGGUAGACAUUGACCUGGAUGAUCCGGAAAUCAAUCAUUUCCCCUUCCCGUUCCAUGAGCUGAUGGUCUGGGCAGUGCUGAUGAAACGGCAGAAGAUGGCCUUGUUCUUCUGGCAGCAUGGAGAAGAGGCCAUGGCAAAAGCCCUCGUUGCCUGUAAGCUCUGCAAGGCAAUGGCUCACGAAGCAUCAGAGAACGACAUGGUAGAUGACAUCUCACAGGAACUCAAUCAGAACUCAAGGGAGUUUGGUCAGCUGGCUGUCGAGCUGCUGGAUCAGUCCUAUAAGCAGGACGAACAGAUGGCCAUGAAGCUGUUGACCUACGAGCUGAAGAACUGGAGUAAUGCCACCUGUCUGCAGCUGGCUGUGGCUGCCAAACACAGGGACUUCAUCGCACACACCUGCAGCCAGAUGCUCCUCACCGACAUGUGGAUGGGACGCCUGCGUAUGCGCAAGAAUUCUGGCCUGAAGGUUAUCCUGGGCCUACUUCUCCCCCCUUCCAUAUUAAGCCUUGAGUUAAAAAAUAAGGACGAAAUGUCAUAUAUGCCUCAGGAUCAGGACACCUACCUCCAGGAGAAGGAUGUGGAUGAACCUGAGAAACAAGCUAAGGAGAAAGAGGAGGAGGACAUGGAGUUCACAGUAAGAUCUUACUGUGAGACGCAGUACAACUCCGUGGCCAUGCUGGGAAAUGUGAGUUCAGAAGCAUCCCGAAAGAAACAGGUGGAGGAGGUGCAGAAACGCCAUCGGCUGAUUCCAUUGGGACGCAAAAUUUACGAGUUUUACAACGCUCCUAUUGUCAAGUUCUGGUUUCACACGUUGGCCUAUGUAGGUUACUUGAUGCUCUUCAACUAUAUUGUGUUGGUGAAGAUGGACCUGUGGCCCUCUCCCCAGGAGUGGAUUGUUAUUGCCUAUGUCUUCACCAAUGGCAUCGAAAAGAUGAGAGAGAUCCUCAUGUCAGAGCCAGGGAAGCUCCUGCAGAAGGUCAAAGUGUGGUUACAGGAAUACUGGAACGUCACUGACCUCAUGGCCAUCCUCAUAUUCUCCAUUGGGAUGGUGCUCCGCCUACAAGACCCGCCCCUGAUGAGCUAUGGAAGGGUCAUCUACUGUGUCAAUAUCAUUUAUUGGUACAUACGCCUGCUUGACAUCUUCGGAGUGAACAAAUAUCUGGGUCCAUAUGUCAUGAUGAUAGGCAAGAUGAUGAUUGACAUGAUGUAUUUUGUGAUCAUCAUGUUGGUUGUGCUGAUGAGUUUCGGGGUGGCACGACAGGCCAUCCUCAAUCCCAAUGAAGACCCAUCCUGGAUGCUGGCACGCAAUAUCUUCUUCAUGCCAUACUGGAUGAUCUAUGGAGAGGUGUUUGCUGACCAAAUUGACCCUCCAUGUGGACAGAACAUCACCACAGAAGAUGGAGUCAUUAUAACUCUCCCACCCUGCAAGACUGGAGCGUGGAUUGUCCCUGCCAUCAUGGCCUGCUACCUGCUGGUGGCCAACAUCCUACUGGUUAAUUUGCUAAUAGCUGUCUUCAACAACACAUUCUUUGAAGUGAAGUCCAUCUCCAAUCAGGUCUGGAAGUUCCAGAGGUACCAACUGAUAAUGACCUUCCAUGAACGUCCUGUUCUUCCUCCUCCACUUAUCAUCUUCAGCCACAUAACAAUGGUCCUCAAACACCUCUGCUGUCGCUGGAGGAAGCACGAUGAGGAUGAGCGUGACUAUGGGCUGAAGCUCUUCAUCACUGAAGAUGAACUGAAAAAGGUACAUGACUUUGAAGAGCAGUGCAUGGAGGAAUAUUUCAGAGAGAAAGAUGACCGCUUCAAUUCCUCCAAUGACGAGAGGAUACGUGUGACAUCUGAAAGGGUUGAGAACAUGGCAAUGCGUCUGGAGGAGGUGAAUGAGCGGGAACAUUUCAUGAAAGCAUCCCUGCAAACUGUGGACAUCCGGCUUGCUCAGAUGGAAGAGAUGAUUGGCCGGAUCGCUGUGGCACUGGAGCGGGUGACUGGUAUGGAUCGAGGUGAAGUCAAAAAAGCGCGGUCCAGGACAUCAUCCGACUGCACUGAUACAAAUUACAUCCUUCGUCAGAGCAGUUUUAACAGCCAAGAAGGUAAUUCCUACAGGCUACAGGAGUCUCUGGAGCAGGGUGGAGAAGAGUCCAUUUCCCCUACUUCUCCAACCGCUCUGGCCCCACGUGUCCGCAGUCACUCCUUCUAUGUGAGCCACUCCUCAAAGGACAGGUGCGGGGCAGAUCUUUCAGAAGGUUUCUUCAAAGAGAAAUUGUUCAGUCUCCAUCGGGCCAACAGCUCUCAGUCUGUGUCCUCAGGAGCAGGCCCCAAAGAUUCCAAGCCUGCAUCUUUUAAUACUUUGUCUGUGCAGCAGCAGCUUCGCCCCUCUUCCUGUAUAGACAUAUAUGUUUCUGCCUCAGAGGAUGUCCCACCCACUGACAGCUUCUUGGAGCCAGUCAGGACAGUUCCAACUCUUGCUCGAGACUCAUCUCUCCAUUCUGAGAUCAUGGAGGCAGUGCUCUCUGGGGGGCGGGACUGCAGCGGAAGGGCAGGGGGAAGCGAAAGGCAGUCAGAUGGUACAGUCCUGUUUGAGGACAGCGCUGCCGGUGACCUAUCAUUCGGCUCUGCCCACCUGAUGCCAGAUAACCUGCCCCCCUGGGACUUGGACCCCUCGCCGCCACCCUCAGCAGGUGUUCUAGAGCGGUCCAAGAGCAGCCGCUUCCUGUCUGCGGCAGGGCCUCUGUUUCUGGACGAGCCACCAUUGGUUAAGUCGCACAGCCUAAUGUUUACAUCACGUAGUUACUGUAGUGGCAUGGGUGUGCAGGUUAAAGCAGCCGAGUACACCAGCAUUACAGAUUGUAUUGACACUCGCUGUGUCUCUACCCCUUACCCUGUCCCAGAACGAUCAGACUCACCUGGAGGCUCUUUCACGUUCGAUAAGCCCCCGGAUUUGGGUGUCUCGCACCCUGAACGAGAUGCCGAGCUCAGUCAUGCAGAGUCUGAUCCAGAAGAGCCUGUGGAGGGGUCAGCAGACACAUGUAAGCUGGGUCAAAGUAGCAGUAGUGGGGGAAUAGGUGCAGACCUGGGCCUUGGCCUGGCACUGGGCCCGUUCUGCUCACCCAUCUCUAGACUUGAGCGAGCAAACAGCUGCUCCUCCUCAGAGGAGUCGCACACCAACAUCUACUCCCGAAAGAGUUUCUCCAUAAGUGAGAGAAUGGACAAGGGCCGUGGAAGCUCAAGGAAUCCUUUCCAGAAGGCCAGGGCAGGGGCAAGGCUAGAGGGUAAGACAGACUCUCUGUCCACAAGGAAACUGGCGAAACCCUCAGCGUUCCAAAGUUUUGACAGCAGACAUAAUUACGCAUGAUGAUGGCAGACAAGUAAGAAUGGCAUUGUAGAUCUAGUUUGUGUAGGAUGGCUCUACCUCGUUUAAAAUCCAAGGGCCAGUUCAUUAAUUAGUACUGUCUGAGUGAGUAACUAGCUGUACACUGGAAUGUUUUAUAAUGGUUAUUAACUACCUAUUAAUUUCCUAAUAUAAAAAUGCAAUGCAAGUUCUGUCAAGUUUUUGCAGAAUUUUCCCCUCACAUUAAUUUUAAAGGCCUAAAUGAUCAUGUUUUGUCUUUUUUUGUUUGUAUUUUUUCAAAUUUAUCACAAGAGGGCGCUCCUUAACCUAUUUUGACUGUUGAAUUCAACACUUGGGGCAUGUUCAAAAUGGAAUACUAAUUUGCAUUUACAUGCAUACUAUGCAGUAUAUACACUUUUUUUUUUUUUUUUUUUUUAAAUAGCUUGUGGAAAAAGUAUACAGUAUGUGGCAACAUUUCAAACUGUAGAAUUCUACAAUGUUGUCACGUGACCUGAUUAUAUUGCAUGUUUGAGAAAUAAAUAUGGUUAUUUUGCAUUUUUUAUCUAAUAUUGUGUAAAGAUAUAGUAGGUCACCAGGUAAUUCAGUGCAUCCAGAAAUGUACAUACUGCAAGAAAAAUAGUAUAAGAUAGAAUUAGUAUGAUAGUAUGCCAUUCUGAACAUACUUUUAGACUCACAGAAGUACUGCAAAUGCUUAAUUGCAUAGGGUACAGUUCCUCUCCAAAUUCGAAAAACAAAUCUGUUUUGCAAAGAGCCAGAUUUUCUUAUAAAUGUAUCUUAUUUUCCCAGAACAGGUAUUAUAUGUUGACUUGCUAUGCAAGACACCACAGAGAAUCGACAAGUAAGUAGUGUUAUGCACUUUAGAGCAGUUCAUUAUGCACAUCAGUCUGAUCAUUAAUCAACCUUUAGUUUUCAGACGGUUAAGAUAUUAAGAGCAAAUUAGUACAAAUCAGGCAGGGACCAGUGAACUCACCCAUUAUAUUCUCUCUUACAUUUAAUGUUGUCAAAAUGUAAUCACUUUCUAUGUUAAUGUGUGAACUUAAGUAAAGGACCUAAUGCAGAAUGGUUUAUAAUAUUUUCUUUUAUUUCCAGCAAGUUAUAUGCCAUGGCAAUUUUCUUCCACUUUUAUGGUUAAUCAAUAUAUGUUUGUUGUAUGUUUUACAUAUAUACAGUAUUGUUAUUUGUGAUGGAAAAAGUAUUUUUAUUUACUUUAUCAUAGUGGGCAUUCAGACGAAUCUGGACAAAUUUGGCACGUUUUUUAUGAUUGAAGAGAAAACGUGUGUGUUUGUGUGUGUAUUUAUAUAUAUAUAUAUAUAUAUAUAUAUACUACCGGUCAAAAGUUUUGAAACACUUGACUGAAAUGUUUCUUAUGAUCUUAAAAAUCUUUUGAUCUGAAGGCAUAUGCUUAAAUGUUUGAAAUUAGUUUUGUAGACAAAAAUAUCAUUGUGCCACAAUAUUAAUUUAUUUCAUUAUAAAACUAAAAUUUAAUAAAAAAAUAAAAAAGGUUUUUUAAAUUGAUGACUUGAACCAAAUAAUAAAGAAAAGCAGCCACUAAGUGCCCAACAUAGAUGGGAACUCCUUCAAUACUGUUUAAAAAGCAUCCCAGGGUGAUACCUCAAGAAGUUGGUUGAGAAAAUGUCAAGAGUACAUGUCUGCAAAUUCUAGGCAAAGGGUGACUACUUUGAAGAUGCUAAAAUAUAACACAGUUUUGAUUUAUUUUGGAUUUUGUUUAGUCACAACAUAAUUCCCAUAGUUCCAUUUAUGUUAUUCCAUAGUUGUGAUGACUUCACUAUUAUUCUAAAAUGUGAAAAAAAAAAAAAAUUCUAAUAAAGAGUAAGUGUUUCAAAACUUUUGACCGGUAGUGCGUGUGUGUGUGUAUAUAUAUGUGUGUAUAUAUAUAUAUAUAUAUAUAUAUAUAUAUAUAUAUAUAUAUAUAUAUAUAUACGUGUUUUCUCUUAAUUAAAUUAAUCAUUAAAAAGGGGCCAUAUUCGUCAUAUAUAUAUUACGCCAAUUAAUUACACCAAAACAUUGUACUACUCUAUAAUACACUAUUUUUUUUAUUGAAUUAAAAUCAAAUGAAGCAGUGCAGCCCUUUUGGUAAAACUUUUUAUGUGUGUAGUUUUUAAUCUAAGACUUUUUAAAGCAACACAGAAACAUCUGUUGAAUCUCUGGAAUCAGAUUAUAGUCAGUCUACUUUACAAAACUUUACAAAAUAGUAUAUUCAUUAUUUAUGCCAUUCCAUUUUCAUCUUAUUCCACCACACUGGCUAUAUCUCUUUGCAAUACUGCAAAGAAUUUAGAAAACAUUAAAGGCUACAGUCACGGUUUUCUGAGAUUUAGAAAUGUACACUUGGUGUUAAAGCUUGUGUGUGAACCAAAAACAUACGGUACUAAAAUGUUUUUUCUUUUGCAUAGCAGUAAUUCUAAUCACUGUGGUUUACAAAUAUCUGAUGAUCUUAACAAUAUUAGUAUAUUUAAUAUGUAAAUCUGACUUGCUUCAUUUGGGAUGUUUUCAAAUUUGGGCCUGCUCUCCUGGACAGGGAAGGAGCUAAUGCUUCUACAUGGGCCCUUAAAAAUAUGUUCAUGCUGUAUUAUUUUGAGUAAUUUGAUUAAUAAACCCUCUUGCUGGACCGGUUCCAGCAAAAGACAGAGGGUGUUAUUGCUCUUCUAAGUUGUUAAAUGCAAGUUUAUCUUACUAUCCUCUGUUUCAUUCUCUUUUAAAAGUUUAUGUCUGAGAUAUGAGAGUGAGCAUAUUUUUCACAUGUAAAUGUUCUGUAUAUGAAUUGUAAAUCUUUCUGUGUAUGUAAAAAAAAAGAUUUUCUGAGAAUGUUUCUGUGUGUCUAAUAGAAGACAUUACACUAUGACAAACUACCCAGUGUGCCAAAAUGCUGAUGACUUAUAACUUUAUGUACAGUAUUUUCUUAAUAUUUUCCUAUACUGUAGCAUAAAAUGUUGUGAAUUGUAUACUACUUUUAGUCAAGUUCCCUCUCCUCUUCUUUUUAAACUUAUCAGUGAGCACUUGUCUGCUAACAAGUCCAAGCACAUGUUUUCUGCAAUAAUGCUGUAGUUUGAAUUGAAAGGUCUUAGUUUACUUAGUGUCUUUAAAAUGCAUGUUGUUCUUCCAAAAGCUGAAUGAGAGAACUAAGAGUGUGGAUCAGAAGAUUAUAGUAGAAAGCUACAUAUCUGGAUGCAAAUACAAAUGUGUAUACAAUAUCCCUUAAUGUGAAUAGGAUGUUUGGCAUGUAUUAACAAAUAAAAGAAAAUAUAUACACUGGCGGCCAAAAGUUUGGAAUAAUGUACAGAUUUUGCUCUUAUGGAAAGAAAUUGGUACUUCUAUUCACCAAAGUGACAUUCAACUGAUCACAGUGUAUAGUCAGGACAUUAAUAACGUAAAAAAUUACAAUUACAAUUUGAAAAAAAAAUACUUCAAAGAGUUCUCAUCAAAAAAUCCUCCACAUGUAGCAAUGACAGCUUUGCAGAUCCUUGGCAUUAUAGCUGUCAGUUUGUCCAGAUACUCAGGUGACAUUUCACCCCACGCUUCCUGUAGCACUUGCCAUAGAUGUGACUGUCUUGUCGGGCACUUCUCACACACCUUACAGUCUAGCUGAUUCCACAAAAGCUCAAUGGGGUUAAGAUCCAUAACACUCUUUUCCAAUUAUAUGUUGUUUCUUUGCCCACUUCAAUAUUUUCUUUUUGUUUUUCUGUUCCAAAAGUGGCUUUUUCCUUUCAAUUCUUCCCAUAAGGCCUGCACCCCUGAGUCUUCUCUUUACUGUUGUACAUGAAACUGGUGUUGAGCAGGUAGAAUUCAAUGAAGCUGUCAGCUGAGGACAUGUGAGGCAUCUGUUUCUCAAACUAGAGACUGAUGUACUUAUCCUCUUGUUUAGUUGUACAUCUGGUCUUCCACAUCUCUUUCUGUCCUUGUUAGAGCCAUUCCAUUAGAUUACUCAAGGUCAAUAACGUAUUCUAAAUACUUUGGAUUACUUCUUCAGCACUGUAGAUUUUUUCACUUGUUUUGACUAUAAAAACUCUGCCAGUACAGUAAGACAAAAUACACAUGUUAAAAAUACAUUCUCUGAAAAACCUAAAUAUCUUAUGCAGUGUUGUUUCUAAAACAAGAUAAAUCAAAUUUAUUUUGUUUUAAGGAUUUUUAGAUAUUUUUACAGGAAAACAAUACAAAAAUUAUCAAGAACACGAUUUUUGCAAUAAUAUCAAAGGUUUUAUUAGAAAAAAAGAAAUUAUGAUCCAACGUGAAUUUUCUUGAUAAAAAAUAUGAUCGUGCCUGGAAACGUGCAUGUAAAAUGGAUAAAAAUAGCAUUUAAGCUUAGCGUAAAGCUGACAAUUUACACAAGGUUUAUUUCUAUUUCUUCUGCUCCAAACUUACUUCAAACUUAUUUCUCUGUCUGCUCGUAUGAAUGUAACACAUCUUAAGAAAGUGUUUCACCGCUGUUCAAAUGCACUUUGGAUCGCAUCAUUUAUAUGUAUAAAUGUUUUCCAUCUGAAAGGACUAAAUAUUAAAUGAAACAAAUGACAAUAAAAUGCAAAGUAAUCUCUUCAGUAAUCAAAAUGCUUUUUGAAUGUAACUGUAUUCUAAUUAACAAUGAUUUAAACUGUAACUGUAGUGGAAUACAGUUACUUAUAUUUUGUAUUUUAAAUACGUAAUCCCGUUACAUGUAU